AAAACAAUCUCAACUCAAGGUCCACUGACUCGAUCUGGGACGUCUGAUUCCGAUCUACAGUUCUGAGGCAGAUGAAGUGAGUUGAGACUGUUUUGUCUCUGACACCUGUGAGGGAGGUUCUUCCUCUCAUUGAUGUACUCUGACAAUUUAGCUUCUGCCGUCUUUAAGAUUGAAACUUCUACCUGUUUCGUUCUAGGAAUAACGGUGCUAACCAGAACCAUAUAGGGUUCUAGAACCUUUUUAAAAAUAAAGAGGCUUCUCGCUAGAAGCCAAAAUAACGGGUCUUAUCCAUAGACUAUAUAUAGAAGAAGUGAACGUAGUCACUCAUUUGUUUGUGGACUGAUGUUAUGAAGCCUCAAGUUUGGCGAUCUCGCUAUCACCAUCUUGGAUUACAGCGGUUGCCAUGUUGUUGUUUUUGUCCACUGUUCUACUCGGAGCUCUCAGUGGAGGUUUUAGUCCAGAACCUCUUCACCUCCAAAGGGUGUAAACAAGAACCCAUCUAGGUGCUUCUACCAAGAACCCUGCAUCCCUUUUACAUGCCAUCGAUCUUUCCAUCUUUCUCGGCCCUAACCGAGGUUUUAGUUUACCAGGUCACUAAUUAUGGUUCAAAAUUGCAGUUUUGGGAUUUAUUUUGGCUGGAAGAAUCUUUUAACACCCAUGCUUUCAACAGUCUUUGAAUAACUAUUUUUUCCAGAAAUGGUUCCUUGAAUGAAAGGGUUCUCAAUAGAACGUCUUGAAACCCCUUAUUGUUAAGUGAAUAACAGUAAGCCCUGUUGUGUUCUCCAUUCUACACACAGUGGCGUCUUAUUGGACGUGACUGGUUGCAUUGCUGUCAGAAACAUCCAGCUCUCCAUCUUGCUUUCUUCUAUCUUGGCUUCCUAGUUGCUCUGAGAAGCUCAGAAUGUAAUGUUUUUCAUAGCAUCUGGUUAAAGCAAAUGGUUUAUUCAGGGUGAGAUUUAUCUGAUGGAAGCUUUCGUCACACAUGAUGUGUUCAAGGACCUUCGGAUACAUGGAAAUCCAAUGAUUAUGACAGUUUUUACAGCUUCUGGCUGUGAUAAAUGGAGUAGUUUUGGCAGUUAUUUAAAGAAAUUAUGCUUUUCCAUCCCGCCGGUGGGUUUUGGGGGAUUAAGGAAUGAUGAACACUUUAUUCUUGCAACCGUAUGCAACAAUCAGGAGAUUUAAUCCUUCUGAAGAUUUACAAUCAUAGCACUAAAGCGACUCUCUGACGAACUGUAAAUUAGUCCACAUAAUGUCUCAGCUCUUUAUUGUGUCUGGCUGUCACUGGCUGUAGGUCUCCGUGUCCAUGUAUUCCUGUUUGCAGUAGUCAGUCAUAACUCAGAGAGAUUUACUGAGCUUGUCUCUGACUGCUAUGAGCCGGGGAAGAGACAAACUUCAUUGUCCACCUGCUGAGCUUUAACUGGCCUUGACCAAAAUACACUGUUGUUACUGGGGAUGGGACUUAACGACGUACUAGCAUUAUCUUUGUUUGCUUGUGGUAGUGCAGAAUUGAUUUUAAUAACAACCUUCGUUUCCCUUUUUAAAAGUUUGAUUUUGGGGAAUUUAUAGGCAGAAAUGGAACAUAACAUUGUUUUCAUUAGUGUAUAAUCGCAUGAAACUAAGAUUCCUUGUGUUUUCGUUAGCUUAGAAGAAACCCUUCACAUCUAGAUAGAGAGCAGUAGGCGGGGUCCGCCAUGUUGCGCCGCCAUGUUUCUACAGUAGCCCAGAACAGACAACCAAAUACUGGCUCUAGGAGAGCCUUUUGGGUUUUUAUGUUGCCUAAAGGCCACCGUGGUUCUCUUCAAGGUUGCAAAGCUUUUUAAGGAAAGGGCUAUUGAGAUUGGUGCAAUCGGCAACCUCGCCACUAGAUGCCACUAAAUCCCACAAACUGGUCCUUUGAUCUUUUAAACCCAGAUUUUGGCCUUAGAUAUCCCCUUAAAGUGGAACUGAAGUUUAAGUUUAGGUUCUUCCGUAUUUCAAAAGAGAAUAAAACCUGUUUUGGUCCUAUUUCCUUUGCCUAUGAUUGUUGAUUCAAGAUUACUUUUUCAGCAAUCCCAAUUAGCACUGGUUUGUACUUCCACUUUGGAAAUACAGUAGAUGUUUGUUACUCCAGCUCGCUAACAUUAGCACUGAUUCCCUCGUUGGGAAACUGGGACACAUUUGGAAUGUGAAAUGGCCGAUACGAAGGAGUUGUCUACCUAGCGUUAGCCGUUUCUCUGUUGUUGUUUUUCCAAUUCAACUAAAUGUUAUUUGGAUGGCCCAAUAUCACAAAUCCAAAAUUCACCUCAGAGGGCUUUACAAUCUGUACAACAUACAUCUUCUGUCCUUGGACCCUCACAUCAGAUAAGGACCCCCCCCCCCAAAAAUACCCUGAAAGUGACCAGAUAAAAUACAUGGCAACAGGUAGUCCUGUCCUUUGACCGCACGUUACUCAGAGAUUUAAAUCACGACGCUGAGGGCAUAUGGAGUUGCUCUAGUCACAGAUAAGACAAAGCAACGGCUCUCAACUCUGGCCCCCAGCUGUUUGUUGAAGUUGUUUAAAACGUUUGGCCCGUUUUUAAAAUGAAAUACCCAAUUAAUUGAGCUGUCUCCCAAGCAUAUUGUUAUUCUGCAGUUGUGCAACUUGAGGAAUUUAAAAAUACUUUCCCCACCACUGUUAAGGCUUUUGGCAUCUCUUGUGCUGUUAUGAAAUACUAGAGGAUUAAAAACAUGUAUAAUAGUGGAACCCAGGAAUUUGUGGCUGGCACGUCUCGUCCAUCCAUAGCUUCUCUGAGUGCAGCCCAGCAGCGUGCUAACGGGCCAGAACAAGCUAAUGAAAUAACUUCAUUAGGGGCCACAUGAAGUGAGCAAAAGAAGCAGAACAUGAGGCCCAGAGGGUGGUCCCCGCUUCUUUUUAACAGGGCUCUGAGGUUGUGGACGAUGUUGCAUAACACCAUCUGCAUGGUGUUACGGUACUGGGGUCUGCUAGUCCUGGAAAACUCGUACAGUAUUUCUAGAGUUGUGGAUAUACUUCGUUACGGACUACUUUCAAAUUGAUAGUAUCUCCUACAGCUUUACGCUCCAGACCUGAAAAAUGCUUGAAUACUUGAGCUACAUUGAGAUGAUGUUUUGAGCUUUAAAUAACCUCCUCAUCCAGCCUGUGUGGCUGCGUUUCCACCCCUCAGAUGGUAAAUCUUGGCGUGAAAAAGGUCAGGUCAGAGUGAAAAGGGUCAACUUCUGCCUGCUACACAGAGCCUAUUGAGUUUACUCAUCACAAGACCGUAAACCCAGCAGUUAUGUGGAAGACUUGGGGGAGGGGGGGAUGGGCUCAGUUUGAGACUGCCAGGCAGGACUCCACUGCUGCACUUUCAAAUCCCCGUGGGAAUGCAAUGGUGCAUGAGAUACCUUUGCAGGGUUCGGCUGGUCUGAAGCCUUGAUCAUUCGGCACUGGUGUGGUCAGCCAUGAUGACAAGGUCACAACACAUUGACUGUUGUGUGGGAUCUUAAAGUCAGGAGGUUGUCGUUGUACCUUGACGUGAGAUACCCGGUGGUGACAUUCGCUCAUCCAUGCAAUAUUGAUGGAGGCCCGAACGCUUGGUGUUGUAGGGACUCCUCAGAGGGGCUAGUUGGUGAACUAGCUGGCCCGGCUAGCACAAGUCGAUCACAUUAGCUCCAAGAGUUUCUCUCCAAUUUUUCUAUCCACUGCAGGUUCAGCAAAGCUAAUAAGUUAUCAUAGUUUCCUGCAUUUUGAACUCUCCGGCUCUCUUUCCCUAUCAAGGUCACCACUUUCCUAAAAGGGCUUGCUGUUGGUCACCGGUGCAAAUUUGUGGGUUAAACGGUCCAGCCAAACCACUUGAAAGUGGUGAUUCCAUUGAAAAUAAUUGAGUUUGCCAGCAUUAUUUUAACAUUUGAAUAUGCUGGUGUGACCGGGCCUCAAGAGGGAGAUUGUUUCAGUCCAUCCAAAUCACAAAUAAUCUGAAAAUCUGAAAGAAACAGGGAUGUGGGACAACUUCUCAGGCAGGAACCAGUUAGUAACAAGGGUAUUUUAUUGUCAUUGCACAACAGGGUUGCACAACAAUAUCUAGAUCGCAGUCCCAUUUUACUGCACAACAAAUCACAAAAAAUCAUUUUUGGAGAAUGGAGGCCGAGUUGAGGAGUCUCACAGCCAGAGGAAAGGAGCUGUUUUGAAGUCUGGUGGUUCAUCAGCUGAUAAUUCUGUAUCUCUUUCCAGACGGCAGAGUGAACAGGUUGUGUCUGGGUGGGUUUUAGCUUUUAAUAUCCCUUUAUCUCUUCGCAGGCACCUCUUGUCACCAAUAUAACCGAUGCUCAGUAGAUGGGUACCAAUGAUUCUCUGGGCGGUUUUAAUCACCUGCUGUACAUGUCAGGUUGUUUGUAAUGCUAAUUCCCAGGAUCUUAAAACUUGCUCCACCUCAGCUCCAUGGGUGUGUGUCUUUACCUCCAUUUUUUUUUUUUCUAAAAAUCAACAAUCGGUACAAUGUCAACUGUGCUAACUUGAAACCACUGUUGUGUGUUGGUACAUUUCAGGUGGCUGGAUGUGGGCGUGGCCAACCUGACAUGCACUUCGUACUGGGUGAUGUACCUGCAGGUCAUCCAAGAGUCUGUGUGGCCAGGAGGAGCUCUGCCGACAGCACCUCAACUGGAACGCAGCCGGCAGCAGAAGGACGGUACCCGGCAACAAGCCUUGCACUGUCUGAUGAGACUCCUACCAGAUCUGAUCUCAGACCUGUUGGGCUCAGACAAGUACAAACUCUGUUGGCAGACUGCACUGGACUCUCUUCAAGACCCCUCCAUUAACAGACAUCUGGUCUACUGCAUAUUUGACCUUCUGCUGGAGUUCCUGGUUCCUGAAAUACCCGAGGAGGACUUCCAGAGGAGCCUGUUGCGAACCCUCUCCAAGAACCCAGAGAAGCUGCUGGCGUGAGGAGACAAAACCUCCAUCUUUACUUUCCACCAUUCAGUUGCUCCCUGUUCCACUAAUGCUCUGCGAUGAGAGUGUGAGUGAGUGUUUCAGGGCAGGCCUGUCUGUAAUUAUGUGUAGAGGCAGCUUUGAUUACACGAGAGCACCUGGUUUGUGUUUGAUCGUAGAAAAUGUGGCCGGUUUAGAUCUAAACAUGUGGCCAAAGCCCUCAAAGAUGUCCACACCAGGAGGUCUCUCUCUGCUCGCUAAACUCUCCGGCUUUCUCCGGCACUUCAGCUGGUCGGCCCUCAUCCCCUCUCGCACACUCCACACCUGCUGCUCUAAUCUGGAAAAGCUUUACCUUCAAUCUGUUGGGAUUGAGCUUCACCGCCUGUGUUCUCUGUAGAGCCGUUCUGCAGUAUCUCACUGGCUCUGUAUGGAGCCACACAUGUAAAUCUGACAUAAUGUGAGCUGCCCUUCCUAAAUCUGAGCCUUCCUGAGGGAUCGCAUGUAUCUGGCACAGAUUUCUUUCUUUUUAUUAAACCUGUAAAUGUCUCGGUGUAGGAAAAGAACAUACUGUGUUGCAGCGUGGUGACGGAUGCUUUAACGGGUCCCGUGGAGAAUUAUUCGUGCAGUUAACGCCUUAAUGGCUCCACAUAACGUGUAUAUGAAGGAUCAGUAACUUAAACAGUGAACUGCUGGAGUUUCACUCACUUUUAGUCGUAUCUGUCCAUAAUAUCCAGUCCAAAUUCCUGCCUCCAGCCAAAUGCAAUAUCAUUUCAUUUGUGCUGAUCGCAGUAUUUAGACAGCUGAAUUAGACAGAUUCUGAUGCGCAUAUAUAUAUAUAUAUAUAUUUCAAUCCUCUGAAGAGUUUUUUAGUGGAUCCCCCACAAGUCUACAGUCAUUUAAUUUAAAUCAUGUUGUUUUUUUGCACUUUAUAAAUCUGCCUUCAUGGUGGAAACACAACAGUCAGCACUUCUUUCCCAGUCUGAUAGACAAUGAAUAUAAAACUGUUCCAAAGUCUGUUACAACACAGACGGUCCUUCGUAUCUUAAUCACAGUGUAGCCGUGACGUCUUAACACAGACUGUCUUUAAAUGCAGCGCAGUUUGUUUUUGUUUGCAGCUGGCCAGAAUCACGAUGUCACCUAAUGUAAAUCAGAGUUCAUCAACAUUUUAAAGGUGCUAAAUUCGAAAUUUUGCACAUUAACAUGCCAGCAAAACAACUAUUAUCUAUGUAGAGAUAUUGAGGAUUAACGUCUGCCUGAGCAGAGAAUGUAGUCGCUCUCCGUCUCCGAAACGUAGCACUGUUAGCUCUGUCUGCGCUGUUAGCCGUUGUUGGCACCGUUAGCUGCUAGCCGCCGGCUCAGCAUGUUGAGAUUGAUUUGGAAUUCAGCACCCAUAAAGUUCCAAAAUAUUAUGAUUUAAAUUUGGAGAAAUUGUUAUUUGACUUUUGGAUUUUAUUUUUAGGAGUAUGGAGUCCACAUGGGUUGUAUUGAAAUUAAGAUACGCAGUUUCUUUUCUCACUUAAAAUGCAUUAAAUAUAUCUCCUGUGACUGAAUCUGCAUAUUCAGUUGAGUUAUGUGUGAUUCUGAUGUUACAAAAGUUACAUUCCAACUUAAAGUAAAAGAAGUUAAUGUUUCUGUCAUUCCGGUGUUUUGCACUCACGUCCUGGUUUAGCGGUCUCAUCUUAAAGUGUUUUUUUUUCCAUUUCCAUUGUGUUAUCUUGUGAUUCAGCCUAUUGAAUAACCUAUUUAUUUGCUCGAUUUACUAAUUAAUGAGGUUUUGUGUUGACAAAGAGGAGUGUCCUCGUUAAUUAAGUGCUUGUUACUGGAUUUUGCCUUAAUUAAUAGCUGACUCGAUGAAGUUUGGUCUGCAGAAAUGAAGCCGCCUUAGUAGAACGUCAGCACCCAUCUCUCUGUUCCUUUAUAUCGUGUUCAUCAUUGUUGUGAUGAAUGUUGAAGCUGUUACUGUUGUUUGUUGUGAAGAGAUUUUCUUUUGCUUGCUUAUGCUGAUGAAGGAGUUCCAUGCACGUUGUCAUGUGAAACAGAAAUGACUCAGCACAUAUUCCUUCUGUAAUCGGCUGCAUGUGGCUGCCACCGGUACAAAAAGCAUUUGCUCUAAAUAUCAUUUUGACUAGAAAGGGUUUCGCCCAAAGCCAUGAACUUACCAACGCUUUCUUCUGAAGUCAUUUUUCCAAAGUUUUAACUGUAAUCUCUCUAAAAACUCCUAUGUUAUGACAAGAAUAAGAUUUUGAAUUAGGGGUUUUAAAAUAAUGUGAAAACAGUUUGCAUGUCUACAUCAAUUAUGUUGUAUGAGGCUACAGUAUCUCCUAUAAUAAUCAGGCUGUUCUGAUCCAGCAUGCGCAGCUAAACUGUAAUCCGUACGAAAUCAAUUUGUCUGUAAAGACCAGUUCUUGUAUGUGAAUGGGUCAAAUGAAAUACGGUCUUUCCUCCAGCAGACCGCAGUUUGUUCCCCGUAUGAAACAGGAAGUCAACGUAGAUUUAUUUGUCACGUAACUUUGUGUACUUCUGUAGUUAUUUUAGGCCAAACGACAAUCUAUUUCUAAACCCAAGUAGUUUAGUUGUGUCAACUUAACUAAUUAGUUUUGUUGCCUCAACCUAAGUGAACUAAGUUGUUUCCUUUGACAAAAGUUUAUUUUGAAAAACCUGUUUGCAUGUAAGAAGCAGAAAUAGACACAAUGCUGACUUAAGUGUAAGAUAUACAAAAGUUAUAUGAUAAUGAGAAACUUUAGUUUUAAUGAGACGCGUUGACUUUGUGUAUAACAAAAAGGUUUUUGAUUAAACAAAAUGUAGGAAACGACGUUUUAGUGCAAAAAGUUUCUUGUAAAAAAAGAUGCAGAAAGUGAUGUCAUAAUAAUAAAAAAACAGGUUCUUUAAAACUAAAAAAAUAAUUACAUUUGUUUUGUAAUGGUGGCAGCGAUAUGCUUCCGUACGUAUGUGCUUUAUAGAUCUUCUAUUAUUAAUUCAUUCGUUCAUGUUUAUGCACAAAGUAAAUUAGAGCAGCCAGUGUUUUAGAGACUUUAUGUUUUAGAGACGUAUCUGACACUGUACAGGUCCAUGUUAACAAUAAUCCUGUUCUGUCACCCUUUGCACUCUUUUGCACUUUUGUCUCCAUCAGAUCCCAUCUCUGGUGUUUAUCUGCGCUGUCUCUUGUGGACACGUGGACUUGUGUUGUGCACGUUAACGCUGUCAAUCUGUUGGCAGAUUGUUUCACAGUCUUCAUAAACUUUUGUUGAGCAUAUUUGCAAAAAAACAAACAAUAAAGUUACCAAACAUGAGUUAUUAAAUCUUCAA